AUGUUGCGCAACGCCGUCAACACGGCCAAGAAGGCCGUCACUGAGCUUUCCCAGUAUCCCAAGCCUGGUGACAAGCUUCACGGCUUCACCCUCGUGCGCACCAAGCAUGUGCCCGAACUGGAGUUGACGGCACUACACCUCCAGCACGACAAGACCGGCGCUGAUUACCUGCACAUUGCCCGCGACGACAGCAACAAUGUCUUUUCCAUCGGCUUCAAGACCAACCCUCCUGACGACACUGGUGUGCCCCAUAUCUUGGAGCACACCACCUUGUGCGGCAGCCAGAGGUAUCCCAUUCGUGACCCCUUCUUCAAGAUGCUGCCCCGCACCCUGUCCAACUUCAUGAACGCCUUCACAGCAUCCGAUCACACAUUCUACCCCUUUGCGACGACGAACGCGCAGGACUUCAAGAACCUGAUGUCGGUAUACAUGGAUGCAACUUUGCAUCCUCUGUUGAAGGAGUCCGACUACACUCAGGAGGGCUGGCGUAUUGGGCCCGAGAACCCUCAAGCGGCGAAUGGCGAGGAAAGUGACCUUGUCUUCAAGGGCGUCGUCUACAACGAGAUGAAGGGCCAGAUGUCCGACGCUGGCUACUUGUUCUACAUUCGGUUCCAGGACCAUAUUUUCCCUGACAUCAACAACUCCGGCGGCGAUCCCCAAAAAAUUACCGACUUGACCUACGAGCAGCUGCGCAAGUUCCAUGCUGAACACUACCACCCCAGCAACGCAAAGCUGUUCACCUACGGAGACAUGCCUUUGGCUGAUCAUCUUCAGGAGGUCAAUGCACAGCUCAGCGCCUUCGAGAGGAUACAGGAGGAUGCCACAAUUCACCAGCCUAUCAGCCUGACCUCUGGCCCUAGGGAGGUCACUGUUCACGGCCCCCUCGAUCCUCUGGUGGACCCCGACAGACAGUUCAAGACGUCUGUCUCAUGGAUUAUGGGAGACACCACCGAUGUUGUCGAGUCUUUUUCUCUGGCGUUGCUCUCCACUCUUCUCAUGGACGGAUACGGAUCGCCCCUGUACCGCGGCCUGAUCGAGGCUGGUUUGGGAACUGAUUUCAGUCCCAAUGCCGGCUACGAUAGCUCGGCGAAGUUGGGAAUAUUCUCAGUCGGUCUGACGGGUGUUCAGGAGGCUGAUGUACCUAAGCUCAAGGCGGAGUUGCAGCGUAUCCUUCGCGAGACCCGUGAAAAGGGGUUCGAUAGGACCAAGAUUGACGGAUCUCUCCAUCAACUGGAGCUGGCUUUGAAGCACAAGACCGCCAACUUCGGCAUGUCCAUGCUUCAUAGGCUCAAGCCCAAGUGGUUCACCGGUGUCGAUCCCUUCGACUCUCUUGCGUGGAACGAUACCAUCUCCGCCUUUGAGACCAAGCUUGCGAAGGGUGGCUACUUGGAGAGCUUGAUUGACAAGUACUUGCUGAAUGACAACACUCUGUCUUUCACCAUGGCGCCGUCAACCACCUUCAGCGAGGACCUAGCACGCGAAGAGAAGGAGAGGUUGACUUCCAAGAUCCAGCAGGCGUCCGAAGAAGCCGGCGGCGAUGCUGCAGCUCGCAAGAAGUUCGAGGAGCGCGAGCUCAACCUUCUGGUCGAGCAAGGCAAGUCAAACACGGAGGACCUUAGCUGCCUUCCCACAGUCCAUGUCAAGGACAUUCCUCGCAGCAAGGGGCCCGUGGUUGUGCGCGAUGAGACGGCCAACGGUGUCAAGAUUCAGUGGCGGGAGGCUCCCACAAAUGGCUUGACGUACUUCCGAGCCAUCAACACGCUGGAAAACCUUCCUGAUGAACUAAGAGAGCUGAUCCCGCUGUUCUCCGAUAGCAUCAUGCGACUCGGCACGAGGGAUAUGUCUAUGGAGCAACUCGAGGAUUUGAUCAAGUUGAAGACCGGAGGUGUGUCUGUAGGCUACCACUCUACACCUUCACCAACCGACUUCCAUCAAGCUAGCGAAGGUCUGAUCUUUACUGGCAUGGCCCUGGACAGAAAUGUGCCUGUCAUGUUCGACAUAUUGCGCAAGCUUGUGCAGGACACAGAUUUCGAUAGCCCAGAGGCCGCCCAACGCAUCAGGCAAUUGCUUCAAGCAUCCGCCGACGGCGUUGUUAACGAUAUUGCCUCAUCUGGACACCAGUACGCCCGCGGCUUUGCGGAGGCCGGGCUCACCCGUAGCGCGUGGCUCAGACAGCAGAUCGGCGGUCUCUCUCAGGUUAAGCUUGUGACAUCGCUUGCCAACCGGCCUGAAUCAGACGGUCUGGUGGAUGUCAUUGACAAGCUCAAACAGAUCCAGAAAAUCGCGCUCUCUGGAGGAAACUUCCGCACGGCAUUGACUUGCGGGUCCGAGAGCACGGGCGCCAACUUGAGUGCCCUUACUAGCUUCAUGUCAACACUCUCCAAAGACCAGCCUUCGCUGUCACCUUCCAAGCCUGCUUCGCUGCAGAGGAACAUCAAGUCAUUCUUCCCGUUGCCGUACCAGGUGUACUAUGGUUCUCUGGCGGUUCCCACCGUUUCCUACACGUCGCCGGACGGUGCACCGUUACAGAUCCUGGCGCAGCUACUCACACACAAGCACCUCCAUCACGAAAUUCGCGAGAAGGGCGGUGCAUACGGGGGCGGAGCUUACUCCCGCGGUCUGGACGGCCUUUUCGGCUUCUACUCCUACCGCGAUCCUAACCCCCAGAACACCUUGUCGAUCAUGCGCAAUGCUGGCCAGUGGGCGAGGGACAAGGAGUGGACGGAUCGCGAUCUCGAAGAGGCCAAAAUUUCGGUGUUCCAAGGUGUGGACGCUCCGCAAUCGGUCAACUCUGAGGGCAUGGGUCGCUUCUUGUCUGGCAUCACAGAAGAGAUGAAGCAGAAGCGUCGCGAGCAGCUUCUUGACGUCUCCAAAGACCAAGUGCGCGACGUUGCACAGCAGUACAUCGUUGAGGCUCUGAAGAAGGAGGAGGAACGGGUAGCCUUCUUAGGUGAGAAGCGCCCUUGGGUAGACGGCACUUGGUCUAUCAACGAGAUGGACAUUAACGGCGCGAAAUAA